AUGAGGGUGGGAGAUGGACCGAGUGCAGCUGCUGCUGCUGGGCCAGCAGUCGUGGAGGCGAACGGAGAGUCGUCUGUUCCUGGUGAGCUGGCACAUUCUACUGCUGCUGAUGGGCCAGCAGUUGUGUCCAUAACCCCUGUUCCACGCCACGGCCCCGUAACCCUCAAAUCAGCCGGUUCUAGAACCCUCUACUCGUCGAUAACAGCAGCGGCGUCGAGCGCGGAGGGCGGAAGCAGCGGCGUGACCGUUGCAGAGGCAGCUCCCGCGAAGGGAGCAGCUGAGCCGACCGUUUCGGCCGAGGCUGGCGGAGCGGGAUCGAGCGAGGGGAAAGCUGCUGUGAGAAAGCGUCUCGUUUCAGGCGUCCAGCCGACGGGAAGCAUUCAUUUGGGAAACUACUUGGGCGCAAUCAAGAACUGGAUCCCGCUGCAGGACGAGUGUGACACCUUCCUCUUCGUGGUCGACCUGCACGCAAUCACCUUACCCCACGAUGUGGACGAGCUGUCACGCUCAUCGCGCACGGCAGCAGCCAUGUACCUGGCGUGCGGGGUGGACCCAUCCAAGGCCACAGUCUUCGUGCAGUCGCACGUGCGCGCACACGCGGAGCUCACGUGGCUGCUGUCGUGCACCACACCCAUGUCAUGGCUCAACAAGAUGAUCCAGUUCAAGGAGAAGGCUCGCAAGGCGGGCGAGGACGUGGGAACAGGGCUGCUCACUUACCCGCUCCUCAUGGCAGCAGACAUCCUCCUCUACCAGUGUGACGUGGUACCAGUGGGCGAGGAUCAGAGGCAGCACCUGGAGCUCACCAGGGACGUGGCAGCGCGGAUCAACAACCUCUAUGGUGGCCGCAAGUGGAAGAAGCGCGGAGGGCGGGGAGGCAGGGUGUUCAAGUUGCCAGAGGCCAUGAUCCCCCCUGCUGGAGCUCGCAUCAUGUCUCUCACUGACGGCACUUCCAAGAUGUCCAAGUCGGCCCCAUCUGACAUGUCCCGAAUCAAUUUGCUCGACCCUCCUCAAGUGAUAGCCAACAAGAUCAAGCGCUGCAAGACUGACAGCUUCACUGGCAUGGAGUUUGGCAAUCCAGAGCGCCCCGAGUGCCAGAACCUGCUGUCCAUCUACCAGAUCGUCACCGGGAAAACCCAGGAGGAGGUGGAGCAGGAGGUGGCGGCGCUGAGCUGGGGGCAGUUCAAGCCGCUGCUUGCAGAUGCCCUUGUCGCUCACCUAGAGCCAAUCCAGAAACGGUACGAGGAGGUGACAGCAGAUCCAUCAUACCUGGAUGAGGUACUGGCAGGGGGAGCAGCACGAGCCAAUGAGAUUGCUGACCGCACACUAAGGGACACAUAUGAUGCCUUGGGAUUUAUGGCUCCACCACGUAGAUAA